AUGUUGAAGGUCGGCAACUUGGUAAACAUUUUUCCUCACUCCUCUGGGGGCUGCUUCCAAACUGGUUACGUCAUCAACGGAAUCCCAACAUUCCCCGCGGACUCAGUAUCCAGUGCUUGCCCAAGCGGACCUCCGAGGGGUGGAGCAUGGUUCCAGGCAAAGGUUCUCGUCCAGGGUGCCAAAGCUCGCAUAUUCCUGGACAACAAACUAAUCCGAGAAGUUUCUACCCAUUACCGACCAUAUGGACGCGCAGGAGUCAUCGUCGCGAACGGUUAUAAAAAUGUUAUCUACUUUAAAAACUUCGAGAUAAAAGGGAUCUCGAAAUUCUACCCCUUCCCGGCGAGGUCUUGUAUGGCGACACACACUCUUCCUGGAUAUUACUUGCUGGACGCGGACCAUGGCUCCUGGCCGCGAAGCGGGUUUUGCAGAACAUUACUUAAACCUGCUUUACGCGGUUCCUCUUAUCGGGUGUCGGCGAAGUUCUUGAAUCUGAUCGGGCGUGACGGUGUUAAUUUUGGUCAUCUUGGACUGAUGUUCAAUGCAAAGGACAUUAACAAUUUCGAUUUCGUCUAUUUUAGGCCACACUCUGCUGGGGGCUGCUAUCAAACAAUAUAUGUCGUCAACGGGGUCCCUAAUUUUAGUGGUGCUUCCUCAGGGCCUUGCUCUGGUGGCCCCCCAUUAGGCGGAAAAUGGUUCAGCGCGCAUGUUGACGUCAUCGGAACACGCGGCAAAAUCUUCCUCGGAGAGAUCCUGGUAGCGACUAUCACAACCCAUUUUCCCGCCAAAGUACAAGGCGGUGUCAUCGUUGCCAAUGGUUACAAGAAUGUCAUAUACUUCAAAGAGUAUAAAAUGAAGAAGCUAUCGGAUGGGCUCCCAUUCCCUUCACGGUCGUGUCGAGCCACGUGA